AUGCCCUUCAAACAGUUCGUUGAAAUCGGUCGUGUUGCCCUCAUUAACUUCGGUGAACUUGUUGACAAGCUUGCUAUUAUUGUUGACAUCGUUGAUGACAAGCGUGUUCUCAUCGAUGUUCUCGAAUUCGAUGCUCCACGCCAGACCAUCCCAAUCCAACGCCUUAAGCUCACCGACUACGUCGCUAAGAUCCAGCGUAAUGCUGCUCCAGAAGCUGCUAAGGCCGCUGCUAAGGAUCUUGUCAAGCAAUUCUACGAAUCUGCCUGGGGCAAGCAGGUUAUCGCCCGCAAGAACAAGGCUCAAAUGAACGAUUUCCAGCGCUUCAAGUAUGCUCAGCUUGAGGCCAAGCGUGAUGCUCUUGUUGCCAAGGAACUCAACAACCACUAA